CACAUUGUCGCUCAUUAGUGUCGUGGUCCUCCUCCACUUACUCUUCAAUAUCAAAGUAAAAUGGCUCUCAUUGGUUUGCUAUCGGUCGGUUUUCUCACAAUGUUCUCCACUGCCUAUGGCUAUGAUGGUGGGUGGAUUAAUGCACAUGCCACCUUCUAUGGAGGAAGUGAUGCAUCAGGAACAAUGGGUGGGGCAUGUGGAUAUGGGAACCUCUACAGCCAGGGGUAUGGAACAAACACUGCUGCUCUGAGCACAGCUCUGUUCAACAAUGGUCUUAGCUGUGGCUCUUGCUAUGAGAUUAGGUGUAUGAAUGACAAUAGGUGGUGCUUGCCUGGCUCCAUUUUGGUCACUGCCACCAAUUUCUGCCCUCCAAAUAAUGCUUUACCCAACAAUGCAGGGGGUUGGUGUAACCCUCCUCAGCACCACUUUGAUCUCGCUCAGCCUGUAUUCCUGCGCAUUGCCCAAUACAAAGCUGGAAUUGUGCCUGUGGCUUACAGAAGGGUGCCCUGUAGGAGAAAGGGUGGAAUAAGGUUCACUAUCAAUGGUCAUUCCUACUUCAACCUAGUCCUAGUCACAAAUGUUGGUGGUGCUGGGGAUGUACAUUCUGUGGCCAUUAAAGGGUCUAGAACUGGAUGGAUGCCAAUGUCAAGGAACUGGGGCCAGAACUGGCAGAGCAACAACUAUCUGAAUGGCCAAAGCUUGUCUUUCAAGGUCACCACCAGUGAUGGCCGUACUGUGGUCUCCAACAAUGCUGCCCCAGCUGGCUGGUCCUUCGGCCAAACCUACACUGGUGCUCAAUUCCGCUAGAGACCAUAUCCAAGUUCCAAGUCACAUAUUUAUAUACACUAUAUAUGGUUUAUAUAUAGCGUAUUAUUAUCUCCUAUUUAAAUAUUAGUUUGACUCAAUGGUAUACUAGGGUAUUAGAUAGUAUGCUACUUGGUGGUGGUAAUGUGUUGGCAUUCUAGGGUUCAGAAAAUGGGAAGUGCUUAUUUUAAAUUGGCUCUUCAUCAUUUUGAUGGUAUCAAUAGGGAGGUUCCUAUUUCUUAGGGCCUUUUCUAAUAUUGGUUUUUUUUUUUCUUCUCAUUUUUGAAAGCUUUGUAACAUUCUGCUGCUAAAUAGAAGCUAGCAGAGAUGGGCUUUUUUAUAUUUUAUCUGUAACCUACUAAAUUGGAUGAGGUGGACUCUCGUACUACCCGCCGUUAGUAUUGGAAUAGUGUUUAUUUCUUUUUUCUUUGCUGUGAGUGUUAGAAGCAUUGUUUGCUCACUAAUUGGUUGUGAGCAGCCUAGGCUGAGUAUGUCUUUUGGUCAUAUUA